AUGGGCUCACUUAUGAUGCGGUCAUCUGGCAUCCAUACAUUUCGCAUAGACGUACCUGUCCAUUCAUGGCCAUAUGUAUGUUUUCAAGAUGGAUCCGACUAGGCGACAUGAUUCACCGACAUCUACUUGAACGCGUGUUGCGCCAGUUUGGUUUUCAGCAUAUGAUACCACGUUCGCCUAAUAGCCUUCCUAUGCCAGACAUUCCUACAAUUGAUCUAAAUUGGUUGAGGUAUGUAGAGCAUGCCAUUACUAGUGUCGCUGAAGCUCAUAAGCCCUCUACGUGUGUUGAUGGAUACCUAGUGUGUUUUAGACGGGUGUCCCACCCAUACAUCACUCUAGCUGACGAUGAUGACCGACCUAGUUUUGCACCAUGCAUGAGGCGACACCUUCCAGAUGACAUCCCGGUGCCCCCAGUUCGUCGUAGACGGACACCUAAAUAUGGAUUGUUGUGUGGUAUGAGGCGUGUGAUCAGGAUGCUGCAGAGCAUGUUAACCUACCGAGACGUUACAAAGGGCAUUGUAGCUUAUCAGCGUACUACUAAGACACUACAGGUUGCUCGUAGAUUCGUUGAGGAGUAUGAGGCUAGUACUACUAGAGGUGCUCGUCAUGUGCGUUGACGAGCAUCAUAUUAUUGAAAGGACAUUGUUAUAUAUGUUUUUUUAAUGC